CAGGUCUGUUUCAAGAUUACAAAGACAUAUCAACAUAUCAACAUUACAAAAGUUUUUGGGUUUUUUUUUUUGGCCACGCCGCGCGGGAUCUUAGUUCCCAGACCAGGGAUUGAACCCAGUGAAAGCACCGGGCAGCAAUGGGUGCUCCAGGGGGAAAGAUCAACCGGCCGCGAACGGAGCUGAAGAAGAAGCUGUUCAAGCGACGGCGGGUGUUGAACCGGGAGCGGCGACUGAAGCACCGGGUAGUCGGGGCUGUGAUAGACCAAGGGCUGAUCACGAGGCACCACCUCAAGAAGCGGGCAUCCAGUGCACGUGCCAACAUUACUCUGUCUGGGAAGAAGCGCAGAAAACUCCUCCAGCAGAUCCGGCUUGCCCAGAAAGAGAAAGCAGCCAUGGAAGUGGAAGGCCCCCUCAAGUCAGCCAGGACUAGUGAACCACAGCCUAAAUCAAAAAAGAAGACAAAAGCCCCACAGGAUGUAGACAUGGAGGACCUUGAAGAUAAGAGCUAAAUCUCACACCCCUUCCACCAGAAGAUUCUCAGCUGGAGCCAGGAGGACUCGAUAGUUAUUUCAGAGGACUUUGGAGAAAGCGUUGCUCCUUUUCACUGUCCCCAGAUUCCCUAAUGGCCUAGUGACCUGCCCUGGAGGGAUGUAUUGAGAGGAAGAGGGUAGAAAAUAAAGAUUGGAGAGGGGGUCCUAAGCAGUCAACUCCAUUUGUAAUAAAGCCCUAGCAUUCUCACUGAGAUGUGUGUGAUUAAAUGUAGGAAUGGGGAUAGGCCAUGAAAAGGGGCUGUGAGUGUGGAAACAAGACAAUUGGGAAACAGGACCCACAGUUCUUACUUGACCAAAGGCAACAAGAAGCCACUCUCCAUGAUGGCCCUGUCUCCCCGAUGAGUGACACUCCAACUUUCCAUUUCUGACAAAAAUAAGGUGUUCUGUAGAGAUGGCAGAGGAGGUAAGGGUCUUGAUACUGGCCUUGCCACCUCCCCUGUGUGACCAGGGUGGACAAGUGACCGUGGUUGUCUCUGCUUCCUUUGCUGGAUUAUAUUUUUAAUAAAGUGAACAUUAUUUUUCCCUU